UAAAAAGACUUGUAUUAACAAUCUGCAUAAAAAGACAUCAAUAACAACAAUAAUAAAACAUUAACUAGACUCGUUUCCCCUCCGUCAUCUGUAAACAAAUCCUACCUUUUGAAGCCUUUGAGUUUUAGGAACCAAGUUAUGAGACGCCAUGGAACCGCUGGGAGUCAAACCACAAGUAGUAGAUGUGUGGAGCUUGCCAACCUGGGCUGUUUCGGAGCCUGGGACACCUCCUCUGUUACCUCCACAGCCGACUCCCAACCAUGCAAUGCCACCAUUUAGGAUAAGCAAGAGUCUCAAUAAUAAAAUCUGUCUGUGGAAUGGAGACAUAACCUGCCUGAAUGUAGAGGCCAUUGUACAUAGCACCAAUGAGUCCUUGAACGAGCGCAGUGCUACUAGUGAGAGGCUCCUGUACAAAGCUGGGUCAGGGCUGAAGUAUGAGCUCGCCCACAACAUCAAGAGCUGCAAAACAGGUGAAGUGUGUAUCACGGAUGGGUACAGCCUCCCAGCUCGAUACGUGAUCCAUACUGUGGGUCCUCGCUACAACAUCAAGUAUCAGACAGCUGCUGAGAGUGCUCUUCACUACUGCUACAGACGAACUUUAGAAUGUGCGCGUGAGAAGAAAAUCCGAACAAUUGCCUUUUGCCCAAUCAAUUCUGUAAGAAGAGGCUUCCCCCCAGACCAAGGUGGACACAUAGCACUGCGCACUGUUAGACGAUUCCUAGAGCGCUUCAGCCAGCACAUGGAGAGGAUUGUGUUUGUGGUGAACAGCAUAGAUGUAAGCAUUUAUGAGAUCCUGCUACCACUCUAUUUCCCCAGAACAAUGCAGGAUGAAGACUGUGGAUGUUAUUUGUUACCUAAUGACCUUGGAGAUGAGUUGGGAGAACCUCUUAUCCCAGACAGACAGAUUCGGAUAAUUGACAAUCCACAGCAUAAAUAUGAAGACCUGGAAGACUCUGCAGACUUGGCAGCGCAGUUCCAGUCGUCUGUGAGCAUUGGCGACCACGCCUUCUCACAAAUGGAGGAGGACAUUGACAAGCAGAGGCUUCUUGGGGGUCAACCGGCCUAUGCCACGGCUGACCCUGAGACUGCCUCCAUGACCUCUGACCUCCAGCACAAGCAGAGGUAUGAGAGGCUCCUUCGCCGUGCCAAGACUGAGGAUCUGAGCGAGGUCUCGGGAAUUGGGUGCCUCUACCAGUGUGGGGUUGACAAGUUUGGCCGUCCCGUUAUCAUCUUCAUCGGCAAGUGGUUCAAAUUCAACGAGAUCAAUCUGGAAAAGGCCAUCCUUUACCUGAUCUACCUGCUAGACCCCUUGGUGCGUGGUGACUAUGUGAUCGUCUAUUUCCACACUAUCACCACAACAGAGAACCAUCCCUCGCUUGCUUGGAUCAGGGAGGUCUAUGAGGUCCUUGAGUAUAAAUACAAGAAGAACCUCAAAGCCUUCUACAUCGUUCACCCAACUCUAUGGACCAAAAUUAUGACUUGGUGGUUCACUACUUUCAUGGCUCCACAGAUCAAGCAUAAGGUUCACUCUGUUCCUGGCGUUGAAUACCUGUAUGACAUCAUCGAUCAGGACCAGCUGGAGAUCCCUGCAUACAUCACAGAGCAUGAUAUGACAGUGAAUGGAAUUCGCUACUACAAGCCAGGCUCGGCAUCCUCAUGAAAAGCUUUGAAUUUCUUUGAAAAUCCAGAGAUGGAAUGAGGAAAGAUGUUUCAUGUUUUUUAUUUUUCAUUCUUUCUUUUUUCUGUUAAUGAGUCUGUAGUGUGUGACAUGCAAUAAUGAUAAUAAUUAUAAAAUGAAUGAAAAAUCAGGAAUAAAAAAACAAAAUAUGCCGAGAAUGAAAAGAAGUGGAGCAAGGAUUUUUCAGUGCAGUAUUGAUGUAUGAUAGUUGGCAUUUUGAUCACAUUUUCUCAUUCUUCCAUUGUGGAGAAAUAUUUUACGUUGUUUUUACAAAGAGCUUUGUGCAGUGAUGUAACAUAUCUUAGCACUACACUUUAGAUUGUGGCCUUGUUUUAAGAAAAAAGUAAUAAUAAUAAUAAUCAUAACAAUAUAUCAUAUAUGUAAAAAUAAGUCAUGCCUGAUUCCCCCUUGAUCAAGGUAGAUAUUACAUGCACUAUUCAUGUCCUUUCAAGAUAGUAGAGUAGAAAUCAAAAUAUAUGGAAGAUAUAGAAAGCAAACCAUAAAUGUAGAGAAAAGAAAUCCAUCUUUUUCUCUCUCUCUCUCGGGUUGGGGGAGCAUGUGUUUUGUAUAUACCAUUAACCUAUUUUUACUGGCAAUAUACCCAUUGCUCAAUAACUUACCAAGGAGUCUCCUUACCUCCACCCCUUACCCUCUAACCCCCUUUCCCCCUUUCUCUCAAAGCUUCCCUGACAUGAGCAGUAAUAUCUUUUUUUUUUCUGUGGUGUACAUAAACAAUCAAGGUGUUUGUCAGUGAAUUGAGGAUGCAAUCAACAUAUCUCUCUUGUGUAUGUACGUAUGUGCGUGUGAUGGAGCCAUAUUCGGUGUUCCAAUUUUUUUUCUUUUCUCUUUCUUUUCCAAUUGUCAUGGCAUUGAUUAAAACCUUGUUGGAGAUAGAGUGGUUUAUGUUUGUUUUCCUUCUUUUUUGUUUGUUUUUUGUUUUUAAAUAUUACUGUUUUGCGUAUGCUUUUGUCUGUUCUUGCUUUCUUUUUUAUAUAUUUUUCUUUAAGUACACCAUUUUUGAUGACUUUACAUAAGACAUUGGUUUAUGAAAGAAUGUUCUCAUUGUUGACCACUUAUGUGCUUUGCAAAUUAAAUGUUAUAAGGCUUUCCAGAAUGUCUAUGUUUGCAUGUACUUGCAUAUGUGCAUUUUUGAGUGAGGGAAUGAAGGGGACAAGAGAGAAUGAAGAAGAAAAAAGAGAGUAGAGAAAGGAGAAGGAGAGAAAGUGACUGUGUGUCUUGAAUGCGUAAAUACAACCGUUUGGAUCUGGACAAGGAAUGAAGAAUUUUGUAUGUAACCUUGUACCAUUUAAAUUGUAGAGCAUAUCUAAUUAUCUUCUCUUUAAAGUUCAACAACACAAUACACUGAAAGUCACUGUAAAAAGCAUGAGAUUUUUGUAAAUUAAGAAGAGAUUAACAAUCUAAGAAGUAAGACAAUAAUAGAUUUUUCUUGUAUUUAUUUACAAAGAAAUUCACCUGAGUCUUGUUAUUUGCUUCCAUUAAAAUCAUAUUCUGUAAUUAGUACAAGAAAAGUUGCAUUUACAUAUUUAUUUAUGUUUUACUUAUAUACAUAUGUUUUAUUGAAAGCUUAUUUACAGAGGUUCUAUUUACUCUCUUAUUUCUUUGUUUUCUUCAUUCCCAUUUUUAGUAUGAAUUAUUAGUAUAAGAAGAGAGCAAGUAAUAUGAUAUAUAGUAAAGUAUGAUCAAGUUUAAGGGGAGCACUGGAGUAGAACAUACAUAUCAUUGAAUUAAUAAUAAAAAAGAGAAGAAUAUUAUUAAUUGAAUUAAAGCAAAUAUUCUCAAUCGUGGUUUAUCCAUUUCUCACUGGCAAAAUCCUAAAAGCGUCUUAUGUGAUCCCUACUUAUACAGAAUUUUGAAGUUUAGAAUAUGUUUUUAUUAUAUGCAAUUAACUUCAUUCAGUAUGAAUAUCUAGCUAGAAUAAAAGGUAAGAUUUUUAAUCCUUUUUUAAAUGCUGUAAGUUCCUGGAGUGAAAUUUUAAGGCUGGGAAAUCAUAGCCAUAAAUCAAGCAUUACUUGGGCAACGUUUUUUUGCCACUUGUGUGCCUCUCUCUGCUACUUUUGGUUGUUUAAUCAGUCAGAGAACCUGUAUGAGAUGCAGCCUGUAAAGAAUGCCAUUUUGAUAAGGUGUUGAUGAUUAGUAAGCUUAGGUAUCAGGAGGCACCACCUUCAUUGCUGACAGGUGUUAUCUAGGAUUAUAUUAAUUUCUGUCUGGAGCCAUGUGUUCCUUUUAGGUGUCUCAUUUACUGGAAAUUCUCAUGUGGAAUCUUGGAUAAAUACAAGUUCUUGGAAAUGAGCUUCUCAGAUGUUAGAUGUGUAUUCUUGUGCGAUGACACCAGAUGGUGAAGCAUAAAUUGCUUUCCUCGGUCUCAUGGUCAUUGCUCACAUUAUGGCCUUCCAUAUUACUGACAGCUGGCUAGUGAUGUCUCUGAGAAUGUGUGUAAAACCAAGGAUGUUAUAUACCUUGUCUUCUUACCAGUCUUGGUGGUGACAGAUUCACUGGCUAUCCUCCUCUCCAUGUGAUUAUAUUCUUUGGUGACAAGAUGUUCUUUAUAAGAGCCUUGUUCUUCAUUUAACCCAAUCCUGACAGGUCACGUGUACACAUGUCAUAACAAACCGCUUGGUCUGUGGCGUAUGGCUGUAUGUGCAGCAAUGCGCCAGAGCACAUGGAGCUGGAAGUUCCGCUACAUGUAGUGGAUUCCUGUGCCCAGUGUCUAGACGUUGCCAGAAAUGACCAGAGUUUAUGAUGCUGAGAGAUUUCUCAUACCUGGCCCCAUUGGGUUAAUCUACAGAGAGCUUUGUAUACAUUCAAGUCCUUGUCAUCAACAAAGAGUGACCAGAGUUGCACCACACAGUCUCCAUGUGAGCUGUAAUUUGAUGUCACCUCUGUAGUAAUAGUGUUUAGGUCUUAGUAACAAAACAAAUAUCAAAGGGAAGUUUUAAUAUGUUGCAAAGAUUCCAGCUUAAAAGUUCUUUCCUAAAAAUUCUUUUGUGGGGCAGCAUGUCCUGCUCCAGUUAUGAGGCAAAAAUAAUCUUUCAUGACAUUUGAUAUAAGAGCCUUUAUGCAAGUUGUCAGGUUGUGAAGCUAUGCCACAUUCAUGGACAAGCAUCUUUCAAAAGUAGAUUAUGUUUUUGGUAAGGUUAUGUUGUGGUAUCUGAGAUACAGCUGUGGGUUUUUGGUGUGGGAGAGCAGGUUAGCGAGAAAGGUAAGAUCAGGAUAGGAGGAAGUAUGGACAGUGCAGAACAACUAGCAGUGGCAGACAUGUUCAAACCAUGGAGGAGGGUGGCCUUUCCUUCUUCAAGCUUUUUUCCUGUCUCCCUGACUUACUUUUUAUGCUCUUGUCUUUAUCUUAGGCUUUUGGAUUUUCAUAACUUGCUGAAAUAAAGCAUUAAUGAAGUUUGAAGAAGACCCACUGAGUGACAAAAUGUAGCUCAUCCCAGUCCCCUUGUUAAAUGCUGAUCACCACCUAGGCCUUGGGGCUUGUAUACUUGUGCAACAUAAGGCCAGUUAGCUUCUAAAUGUCACUGAAAAUCUGCCAUAACUGCUUAUUUUGUAAGUUUUGCUAGAAAACUUUAGCUUGAGAAAGCUGAAGGAUACCCAAACAUAGGAAUUUUUUUCCUGAAUGUCAAUAUUUUCCAAUAAUGCACUAUCCUCUCCGAUGCUCCCCUUAAGGAAGCAGUGGUCAGUGCCUAUGAAGUCACACAUAAAGAAAUGGUAAGGUGAUGAUGUUAGAUCAGAAAAUUACACCUGACUUGACUGCAUUGUCAACUAUUUUACUGUUAACACUUAAAAUAAUAUAAUGUAUAUAAUGUCUUUUUGUUCUCAAAAAGAGGAAGCCAUAGAAGAAAUAUAAGGGAAAAUUAUUAUCUGUUGACCAUGCUUAAAUCUUGUUAAUGAUAUUGUAUAUACUUAUCUAAGAUGUUAUACAUUGCACAUUAUGAAUUGAGCAGUAUGUUUAAGCAGUGUACUAUACUUUGUGGCAUGUCAGCUCAGUUUCAGGUCAAAAUAAAACUCCUGUCAGAAUGUGCUUCCAACAGUGGGUUGGAGUUCAGAGAUAGCACAGUUUUCUUAUUUUCAGAUCAGUUCUUGUUAACGUUGAAGAGUGUUCUGAACUAUCUUGUUUCUUAUUGGCAAAGAAUGGAAACUAGUAGUAAUAAUAAUUGAUAAGAAAAGAGAAAUAAAUAGUAACAGAUAAGUUAAAAGAAAGUGUGAUGACUCUGAACUUUCUCCCUAAGAAGUAAAAAAAAAAAAAAAAAAAAA